UAGUAACAUGCCCUUUGCAUUGUUAAGAGGAACGAAUGAUACAGACACAUUUUAUGCUUGAGGCUAUGGAACGGUUUUGAAAUGUCACACCAAGAAAAUCUGGUCCCUGUAAACGCAGUUUGAACAAAACUUGCACUGUGUCUUCUUUCCAUGGACCUGGUUUGAGCUGCAGAUCUGAGGUUCUACAACUGCAAUGGCAGAGGAAGGAUAUUCAGGAGACGGCUUGCAGUUAUCUACUAUCAUAGUAACUCCAACACUGUCUGUAUCAGUUGCACCAGGAUCGUCUACACCUUUUGUGUUUUUAACAACUAGUGACCAGAAAUUGCAAGCUGACACUAUGCCAACAGAUUUGGAGAAUCCUGAAACGGAAAGCACUGCCACUACAGAAACAACAGACCUACAUCCUGCUUUGAUAUUUGGAGUCCCUGCAAUUCUGCUAUUGGUUAUGAUUAUUCUGCUGGUUGUCUUCAUUGUAAGACGUCAGAAGCAGAAACAAUCCAAGCAAGAUGAACUAGGAAGUGAAAACUGUAAAAGUCCUAUUUUUGAAGAAGACACUCCCUCUGUAAUGGAAAUAGAGAUGGAAGAGCUUGAUAAAUGGAUGAACAGCUUAAAAAGAAAUGCUGAAUGUGAAUAUCUGCCUCCUGUGAAAGAAGAAAAAGACUGCAGUGCCAGCCCAAGUGACUGCGAAUCUUGAAGUCAAGAUGGCAUUAUAUGGAGUGAAGGCAGAGACACACAAACCUUGUAAUUCCUGAGGUCCGGGGUGGUCUGGAUUGAGUUUCCUUCAUCUGAAACAGUCAAGGAUGCUAAUGCAUUUGUCCUUUCCUGCUGAUUUUGUUCUUCGUGAUGACAACAUCAGUUCUGCAAAACAAAGGUCUUGAAAAUAAUUUUCACUGCUCUGACAGUCAGGAGUGGAAAAAGAACAAUAGCUUUUCAGACAUUUCUCAGAGCAAUUCAUUUCCUCUCCUUGAUCCAUCAUGUUAUAUGUUGUUAUUUUGUAACAUUGGCCAUUACACUAAUGUUACUAAGUACAAAGGUUACUGUAUCCUUGAUUAUGAAUUUCUUUCCUCCUCUCUAUUUCAAUCACAGUUCUGAAAUACCAUCCAGGAAACUGGCAUUUAAUUUUCUUUCUGGUAAUGAUGGUGAUACCUCACACAGAUUUGAACAGAUGAGGGUAACAGAAAUGCACAGUCAUUCUAUAAAAAUGUAGCAUGGACAUCAUUUCAAACAACCAGGGAUAGUCAGAGGAUUUGGGACAGGGAAAUACUGUGAGAAUGUGCGCGACUUGUAUUGUGUUUAUGUAGAUAAUGCCAUUAUCCAGUUCAGUCAUUAGAUGGCACUGGACUUAGUUGUAUGUGGAUGGAGUCAGGAGUUUCCAGUUACUAUCUUGUUCUUGUUUAAGAGAGACAAUAAAGUUCUUGUCUAGCUUCCUGGUGUGCCCUCUAAGCCUUGCAUGAUAGGGAUCUACUAAAAAAUCCUAUUGGUUUCACGGGGUCCAAACUUCUCUUGCAAAUCUCAGCAGCAGGUCUAUCCACCUUGCAAUAAUCUCUAGUGGUGCUUGUUCCAAUCCAAGAGAGAAUAUCCUCUGGCUUUUCAUCCACACAGUGGGAUGUUUCCUUGGAUGCUCCUUCCUCAGAGGAAAUGUAGAGGAUGGAGCAUAACUUGGGACAUACCAGAGCACAGGGGAAAAGAAAGUGUUCAGAUGCUCAGGUUGAAUUGUUUUCACCUUUCCAAACUUUCAUCCCUUGCCUUCUAAGUGCUUGUGAAGAUCUGGGUGUUUUCUCAUACUAGGUCUGCAUUGUGAUUUUGUAUUAGCUGAGGGUUCCUUUUGCAGCAGAGAACCACAGGUGAGUGCCUGACCUACCUCUGCCUAGGUGGCAAGAAAAGGGAAGGGCCAAUUUCUGAAACUUUUGCUUAAUUGGAAAUAUAUGGCCAGGUGACACUACACUAGCUUCUCUCACAGUUGUCCCACACAUUUCCAGACAAGCCAGACAAGUAUGAAUUGAGCCAUCUUUAGCCUCUUUUUCUGAAUCUACUGCUAAUGGUGCCUUCACUUCCUCUUUAUCCUUAGUUCCAGUUUUAAGAUUGCUACCAGCACAAUAGUUCCAUGGCCAUGUGGCUGGACAAGAUUAACUCCCUGCAGAUGCAUUGUGAAGCACUCACAUUGGCUUCAGCUCCUGUACAUAUGUCCAUGUACAUGAGCAACCCAUUUGAUUGGUUCAACAUCUCUCACAAACAGGCAGAGUUUAUUGAUUUUGGGAAUUUUUAUCCUGGACUUUGUCAUUCUUGACCCCAAGAUGGGUUACAAAGGUAUUAAAAACUAUAAAUAUUGUGGCAAAGUGGUUGGCCUAUGACCCGGGUUCAAAUCCCGCCUCAGCCAUGAAGCUCACUGGGUGACCUUGGGCCAGUCACUGCAUCUUAGCCUAACCUACUUCACAGGGUUGUUGUGAGGAUAAAAUGGAGAGGGAAAGAAGGAUGUAUGCCACCUUGAGCUCAGAAAAAUAAUAAUACACAAGCAGAACAGAUUAAACCAAUGUUCAAAUCAAUUAAAAUUCAUAAAACCAACAAAUGCUCUGGAUGUUUCUAUAAAAAUCUCAACCCUUAAAAGCUUGGUAAAAUAAAUAAGUUUUGAGCUGGUGCCAGAAGAAUGACACUGUACAGUAGGGCCCCACUCAUACGGCGGGUUACGUUCCGGACCCCCGCUGUAAAGCAAAAACUGCUGUAAAGUGAAACACAUUUAAUAGAAUGGCGCACGAUGCCUGAAAACCACCGUAAAAGUGGAACAAGUGCCAUAUGAGUGGGGCUUUAGUCUAAUUGCAUCUAACUGAGACCGCUGUAUUAGCGAAUUGCUGUAAAGUGAAGCUCCGUAAAGCAGGGCCCUACUGUAGUUGCCAGCAGGGCUGGCGUUUGCAAAUGCGGAGCCUGAUUUGGAACCUUAUGGUGGGGCCCUAAAAGUGAUUGUGCUGACCAGCACCUUUUUACUUUUGUUUGGCAGCCUGUCUUGCUUCACUUACUUUUCGCACUUCCUGCCUAUGUCUCUGGUUCUUUUCAGUAUAGACAUUUUAAUAAAUCUAUAUUCUACGCUUACUUCUUUCACUGACUGAUCACAACAGAAUGAACAAUUUAGAGCAGCUCAACCGUCAAAAUUGGUUGUUAUAUGGUGAUUUUGAUCUGAGAGUUCUCUUCCAUUACUUCUUCGCUUCACGUGUACGUAAUACAAUCUACCACAAUUAUGUGCAGACCAGAGAAUGGUGGGCGCCGAUUUCCGCGAAGCAGUGGAAACGGAAACAAUGACAUUCGAACGGGAAGAGAAAGCAAUUUUUCCUGUUUAUCUGGCAUCCCUCUCUACCUACCCCUGUCCCUAGAAAAUGAGCAACGUCUAGGAAGUCACAAGAUAAUAUCAUGCUGCUUGCCGGCCUCUUCACCGUGCUCGCAAGUGAGAGCAUGCUUGCGAGCGGUCAUGUGGGCACAGGCUUCUACUUGGCAGAUUUAGAGAAACAGAAAAACGUUAGUGCUGCUGCUUGAGGGUUAAAAAAGGUGCAAUUCCCCCAUGAGCAAGGGCCCCCCACUAAGCAGGGGCCCUGAUUGGGCUCAAUCAGUCCAAUCUGUAUUUUUCCGGCCCUGAUUGCCAGCCAAAUGCCCAAGGUGAGGACAUUCCCCAGUAGGGGCAACACUACUGAUGAGAGCCUGUUUUAAAAAGAGUGGCCAUCUUGUCUGUUUUAAAUUACCUUGCUUUUGUUUACUAUUUUGCCUCAUAAUUUAAAAGUUCAAGUUUGAUUUAUUUUCUGUCCGUACGUACGCAAAUAAAUCUAGAUGAUUUUUUUUUGUCAUCUUGGAAACUUAGUAGUCCUACAUAGAUGAUGAUAUGCCAGCAUCACCUGUACAAGGAUACCUUUGCAGGCUCUAAUUAAGUCACUGUGAUGUAAGCUAGGAUGAUGCUCCACUUUUUAACAAACUAUGCUUCCGCACCCCCACUGUUAUUUUACACAUUAGUAAGGCUAUCCCAUCCUUCAAUGUGAAAAUUGAAUGUGAGAAUGCCACUGAGCAAGACAACACCAGAUUUGAUCACACUGAACAUAUGAAUGCAGGUCACAUACCAUUAUUAUGAUCAUGACUGCUUAAUUUUUAUAUGAUCAUUUGCUGCUCAAUUCACAGGAUGAGCCUACAAAAAUAUAUCUGCAAAUAUGCCACAUUGAAGUAUUUUCCUACAAGCGCAGCACAUUUGAGGAUCAAGCCAUAGAGAAUAUUUUAAAUGUUUCAUGAUGCAGACUCCCAAAACCUUACAAGCAUGAAGCAUCAGAAUACCAUUCAUGUCUCUGUAAUAAUUAGUAAAAUUCCUGGCUAAUUUAACAUAAUGUGUCAUUGACUGUCUUUUUGUAACAUUAAUUCUGAUUAUUUGAAUUACUGUUACCAUGAGUGGAAUUCAUGGACUUAUCAAAAGUUUUGGGGUUUCAAGUAAACACUUAUGGCUUGGGGGAUGAUCAAGAUUAUAAUUUUUAAAAGUAAUUAUUGGCCCAAAGCACUGCAUUGAAACCCCUUAGAUUCCACCAUGUUCUGGGUUAAUCAGUGGAUCUUAUCAGGGCUCAUACACACUAUGCCAAAUAUUGGCCUAUGUAUUCGAUCCUCAAUCCUGGUUCAUUUUGCUCAGUAGCAACCCAGUGGAACAGGGGGGAAAACACACUCCACGACUCAAAACCACACAUUCAAAACUUAUAACCGAAAUGAAUACACUGGUUUAUUAUACAAAUCUUAAUGGUGUUACGAGAUAAUGAAGAUAGACAAUAAAACAAAGAUAAUAUUGGAAUUAUAGCAACUUAAAGUAACUUAGAAAAUACCUUAAAGCAAUGUGAUAUGUUUGUAUAAACUAAUGAAUGAUUCAUUAACAGUAAAAUAAUAAAAAUACGGACUAAUAGCAUUGACAAGAUUAUUAAAAAUAGCAUUGACAAACCAAACAGUCAAAACACAUAAUAUAUUUUCCCCCUAACUCCCUCCAGCCCAACUACAUGUGUAUUUUAGCUCUAAAUUUCCUAGAAUAUUAGAUUGAAGAAAGACAUAGUUACCUAUGAGUGGGUAGGUGUGAGGCUUGGGCAAAGCAUAUGGAAGCAGGCAGCAAGCCAAAGAGAGGCAGGCAAGAAAAAAGAAAAAAGAAUCCAAAAGGCAACCCCCCCCCCCCACACACACACCAAGAUCUCACUAACAUAAAAUCUUAAAACCUUUUAUACUAGGGUUGCCAGGUCAGAAGCAUCCCAAAACCUGAGAUUUUAGGGGUGGGCCUGAGUGAUGUCACAGGGUGGGCCCAAGUGAUGUUACAGGGCAGGCCCAAGUGAUGUCAUUAAGCAUGAUACAUUAAGCAUCAAUCACAGUUGCUUGGAGCAUACAGUACAAUUAAAAAAUAUAUCUGAUUGGAAAUUAAGCUAGAAAUCUUAGCUAAAAGAUGGAGCCUGGGUAGGGAACAUUUAAUCUAGCCUACUUGCUUUCGGCAAGAAGGGUUUAAGUGCCUUCAGGCCAGGCCAGUCACCAGAAGGCCACUGUAGGAAGAAAGGAGCCUAGUGUUGUGGAGAUGUUAGAUGGGAGCAUUCAGGAGUAAAGAUGGAUGCCCCUGAAGGCUGCAAUUCUAAACACACUUACUAAGGGACUAAGCCCCAUAGAACUCAACAGGACUUACUUCUGAGUUGAUAUAGUUUGGAUUGUGCUGUUGGUAAAGCUUGACUAGGGAUUCUCUGCAAAGGCAUCCAUAUCCAAGCAGGGUUGGCAACCCCCUGCCUGGAAUACCCUGCCUUUAUCUUUUAAUGUGGCUGCUCCAAACUUCUUUACAGAUUUCACCCUUCACAUCAGAAAGAGGUCUGAGAAAUGAGUAAGAGUAAGAAGAUUCUCUACCCUUUCUGUCUCCCCUGUGGGCUGCUAUAAACUCACUUUGACAGCCAACACAAUUCCAUUGAGAAUUGACAGCGAGAAAACACACAUGAUUUGGUUUACCUUCACAGGCAGCAGCUUGGGAACAACAACUGCAGCCACACUUUCAAAUAUGUGAAUUCUCUUUUACCACUAUUGGGCAAGAAACAAACUGCCAUAUAACCAACAAGGUGCAUCAUCAAUGGGUUUUAGGGGGUUGAGCUGAGCACAUGCAACCACUGCUGUUGCUUCUAUGGACGUAAGGGAGUGAGGUUAAAGGUAAAUGAAAUGCAAACAGAAAAUGAAAAACAAAAGACAGUGAUGCUUUCCUAAAUGCAAUACCAUACCAACCACAACCAGAUUCCUAUGAGUAAGGCAGACAACUUAGCAUUCCACAACCAGUCAGGAUUCAUAACUGAAAACCAAAACCCAAAAAAUCCUGGUAUCCAGUCAGUUAAUGCAGAAUGCUGUGGCAUGAUUGCUGACAUGAGUGAGAUCCUAUCAGCACAUAAUACCUCUGCUCUGAAAUCUGCAUUGGUUGCUGAUUUGCUAUCAGGCCAAGUUCAAGCUGUGCUUUCCAUGUUAUGGGUGCCACAUAGUUCUUGUUCUGCUCUUGUAAGAAAUCAGUCCUGUAAAGUGGCAGCAUUUUGGAUACUCUGUUCAUAGGGUUUUCGUGGUAAGAGGUAUUAAGAGGUGGUUUACCAUUGCCUUCCUCUGACUUUGGACACAUAUCAUACUUUGUACACAUAAUUAGAAGACAUGAUUCACUAGAAAAGACAAUACAGAAAAACAGAAGGGAGUAGAAAAAGAGGAAGACCAAACAAGAAAUGUAUUGAUUCCAUAAAGGAAGCCACAGACCUGAAUUUACAAAAUCUGAGCAGGGUGGUUCAUGACAGAUGUAUUGGAGGUCACUGAUUCAUAGGGUCGCCAUAAGUCUAAAUUGACUUGAAGGCACAUAGCAAUAACAACAAAGUGGCAGCACCUAUGCUUUGCAACUCCUUGCCUAUUGACAUUAGGCAGACGCCUCUUCUCAGCACAUGCUAAAAUCAUUUUUGUUUAGGCAAGCCUAUCCACGCAUGUAGAAGCUAUUGUGUUUUUAAAUCUGUUUUUAACUCAUUGUUGAUUUUAUUAUUUUGAAUGUUUUUA